UUAAGACUGUCGAGCAGAGAGCGAUAACAGGUACGCAGGUGAGUGAGCAGAGAGCGUCUAUCCGAUCGAGCCGACGGCUCUUUUGUCGCGAGCGAACACCAAGUAGACAUCGCUCAGACGCUGUUGGCCAGAUUCAUUUUCCAGAAAGACGUCGUCGCGUAGACAAGCCUGAAUUCGUAGCGGGCGCCAGUGAGACGACCACGGUGGCCAUCGUCAGUUCAACCAGGGGACACGGAGCAACCCAGCUGCAUUCUCCGGAAGGGGUAUAGAGCUCCGCAGCGCGUGCGCACAGUGAUAGAGUGAAGGGAGUUCCGCGACCAGAACCCCACGACGCCAUAUUUGUUUUCCAAGCGUUUGCUUGUGUGUGUGUUUUUCAGCGAGUGUGCAAGUGUGCGAGUGUGAGGGCAAGCUUUGCCAGUUGCUAAUGAAGUGCCUGCCCCUCGUAAUCUUGGUUCGAUUGUGAAAAUUCGAACAAGAUUUGCUAAUAAUUAUUGAUUGAUGCAGUUUUCCAGUGACGUUGUAUGUGCGUAUACUGUCACCCCGCUAUGGACGUGUGUGUGUGCGUGUGUGCCCGUGUUUGUGUGAACCCGAUUGAGAACGGAAGCCCUGGUGUGAGCCAGUGGCUCUGAGUGCGCGGCGCAAAAUAUCCGCUUACCUAAGCGAAAAAGUUCUCUGGCGUUGGCCUUAGAGCGGUACCUGAGCACAAACACAGCUACAGUCGCAGAAAUACCUGCGCAUACGACACGAACGUGGCCAGCACACAAAGCGAAACCAGAAAAUCCACAUUUUUCGACCUGCUCUCUGUGCAGUGCCUUUCCUCUCUUUCCAUCGCGCUCUCGACUGGAACGAUACACCAAGCCCAAAACCAACAGCUUCAGCUUUACGUGUUUGUAGGUACAUUACGUAGCUGUAAUGGGCGACUCCACGCCCAUUUGCCGAUGCCGAGUACUUUAUUUGGGCAGUGCCGUGCCCAGACAGAGCAAGGAUGGGCUGCAGGGCAUCCAGGAGCCGCUGCGUAGCCUCUAUCCUUCGGAAGGAGCGGUGGGCGCCAAGGGCAUCGACAGCUGGCUGAGCGUCUGGUCCAACGGCAUCCUGCUGGAGAACGUGGACGAAAACCUCAAGCAAAUCACGCGCUUCUUCCCGAUCGAGUCGCUGCACUACUGCGCCGCCGUGCGCCAGGUGCUCAUCCCAGAGCGCGGAAACGCCCACCCGGAACCAAAGUUCUUGCCUCUAGACUCGCCUUUCGCGCGGAUGCCGCGCGCACAGCACCCACCCAUCUUUGCUGCCAUCCUGCGGCGCACCAGCGGCAUCAAGGUGCUUGAGUGCCACGUUUUCAUCUGUAAGCGAGAGGCGGCCGCGAAUGCGCUAGUCAGGUGCUGCUUCCACGCCUACGCCGACAACUCGUACGCCCGCCAGUUGGAGACGGGCGGCGGCGGUAGCGUCUACGGCACCUUAAAAAGCGGUGCAGUGAGCAAGUCCAGUGCCGACCUGACCAGCGUCGGCCUGGCUAACGGAGUCGGAAACGGAGGCAGCAACCACCAUCUGGCCCUUUCCGCCCAAGCUGGGUGGAGAUCGCGGGCGGGCAGCACCACGACGCUUAAUAGUUUGGGCCGCGCUUCGAAUGGCCACGCCAAUGGAUCAGCGAUAGGCAUGAAUGGGGGUAGCACCGGCAGUGCGGCAGAGGGCUAUACAUCCGUCAAGAACUUUUACGAUAGCAGCGCCGACCUCAACGUCACAGUCGAUGACGGAGAUGCGUCUUACAACGGCGACGAGAAUCAUAAGGUGUGGAAUGGGUCGCAGGACCAGUUGGACAGCAUCGGGCCAUUAGAGAGUCCCUAUGAGCUGUUUGCGGGAAACACCUCCACCCUGGGAAGGCCUCUACGGGCGCGUCAAAUCAGCACGCCCAUAGACGUGCCACCGCCACCGGUGAAGGAAGAGCGAAAGACAAAGCGGGACAAAAAGUCGACCAAGUCUAGCGGCAGCCAAAGUCUCUCCGGCACCCUGAUCCGGCCAAAGCCCAUACACCCUGCGCCGCUGCAUCGCUCAGGAUUCCAGGGGCCGUCCGGACCUGGCAGCAUGACAUAUGGGCACGUUUCUGGCCAUGGCCCUCAAGCCGCCCGUUACCAUACAAUUAGUCAUCGCGGCAUUCCACCGGGUCCACCCAGCCACCUUUCCCACCACCCGCCACCUCACCCCUCACAGCAUCAGGUCCAUUUGAUGCACCACCCCAACAUCGGGGGCCUACCACCCAUGCAGAUCCCCGUGAUGAUGCCGCAACAGUACGCGACUCUUCAGCCGUCGCGCUCAAUCGGCAAGAAGAAAAAAAAGGACAAAAAGAGUGGCACGGGCGGAGGUGGAGGAGUGCCCGUGGGCAUGCCUAUUGUACCGCCCAUCUACGCCUUUCAGCAACAGGCCAUGGGUGUUCAACCUUCCCAAUUGGUACAGUCUCUCAUCGGAGAGACGCGACCGCUGGGCCACUCCAGCCGGAAGCUGGCGGCAUCAAUGGGCAACGGUCUGGACGACUCCGGUAACUCUGGUGCCGAAUCGCCAUCCCCAGGCGGCACUGGCAUCUACAAGCGCAAAGGACACCUAAACGAGCGAGCCUUUAGCUACUCCAUACGUCAAGAGCAUCGCAGCCGAAGCCACGGAUCGCUGGCCAGCCUGCAGUUCAAUCCGCCGGAUAUAAAGAAGGAGCGUGAGAUCGCCCAAAUGUUGGCAGGUCUUGACCUCACUGAUGGCGAGCGACCCAUGGGACCGAACACACUACAGCGGAAGCAAGCCAUGACAAUGUCAAAUGGCGGGGGACAUGGCCCGGGACCCAGUCAGCAUCCUCACGCCCAUCCUCCGCAUUCACAUGCCAUCUACGGCCCACUGGGGCCUGCCAGCAGCUUCGGAAAGCCGCGAAGAUAGGAGUUGAUUGGGUUGAUCUGCGCUCCAUAAUUUAUACAAAGAUUACGCAACGUUUGGCAAUUGGAGUCGUCUAACCAUCCUUGAUGUACACCAGAUUGAGAAUACAAUGGCUGAAUAUUUUAUCGGAGCUCUGGGAGUGCAAUCCCACUCGGAAACCAACUCUACAUAAAUGAAUAUUUGUGCCUUAUUAGGUUUAUACUUAAAGUGUGUGCGCUCGCUAGUAACCAUAAAUCCACGAGAUACCAUAUAUCAACCAUUAAAUAGUACUGUAGAAUAUAUUGAUAUGAAUACCCUAUCCAACAAUGUAACGGUCACAACGUUCUUUCGCCUAAGGAAACGCAUCCCUGACGUAUCCGACGAGUCGGACAUUUAUCCCAAAUCGUAUAAUUACCUGUAUGCUUUCGAAUAUGUACAAUAAAUACCUACAAUAAAACGUUAGCAUAUUAACAGAGUACGGCCGUA